AUGGUGGGUGUGGCGCGGAAUGUGCGGGAGAAGCGCGAUGGCGUUGCUGAGAAGCGCGAUGGCGUUGCUGAGAAGCACGAUGGCGUUGCGCAUUUCGAUGAUGCUACGGCGGUGGGAGAUGCCGAUGGAGCGGUGGGGGAUGUUGAUGGAGCGGUGGAAAUGCAGGAGAACGAAGAGCUAGCGGAUCGAAAGCGAGGAGCAACGUUCGGAGGUAGCGCAUGGGAAGACGUCAGCCAGGAUGCAGCGGCUGCGCGAGUCGAGGGGUCGCAGGGUGACACGGGCGUUGUACGCACCGCUGACGGCGAAGGCGGCGUGCAGAAAGACGGCGCUGCUGUGCUGACGGAUGCCGGUGGGCGGGCGCCAGGGUCGCGCAAGAAACGGAGGAAAUUGGGUUACCGACCGUUCCUUGCUGUGAAGGGUGAUGCGGGGAACGACGGCGAGGUGAAGCAGGAUGAACAGGCUAUGGAAGUGCAGGGAGAGGGGGAGAGAGGUAAGGGGACGGUUGAGGGGGGAGGAGAACAAGGGCUGGGAAAUGCGGAUGUUGGAGUAGUGGAUGUAGGUGCGGCAGGCGAGAGUCGAGGGCAUGGACAAUGCACGGAGCAGGAGGAGGGACGUGAAGGGACGGAUGCAGAUACUAAUGUGCAGGAUUUGUGGGCCGCCAUGGGUGUUCGCUCGGCAAGCGAGGGCUUGCCUGAGACUGCAGAGGAAGUGCCGCUCAGUGACAGAAGUGCAGGCGAAGCUGUCGGGGGAUUGGCUCGUGAAGUGCAGGACAGUGACGGGUCAGGGUCGUGGGGGCGACGUGAAACCAGGAGGCGGGCAACGCGCAAGGCAAAGGCGCGCAGGGAGCGGCAGGGGAUGGAGGGCGCGGGGCUGAGCGGGCAGAUCAGGAGGAGCCCGAGGCUGAGGCUGGGUAAUGCCGUGCUGCCACCGCUGCCUGCGAUUCCAGAGGAGGGAAGCGGUGAGAGGGAUGAGUCCCCAGGGAGCGAACGCACACAAGGCAACGCCGGCGGGGCAGCAGAGAGAGAAGAGGGUCGGACCGAUACUGCAGCAGCUGAGACAAUUGUCCUAUCGCCUGAUCUGGGGGGUGGCUACGGCAGGUACAACGGUGAGCAUGAAGAGGAGGUAGGGGAUGCGGGAGAAGGAGAGGGGCAGGGGGAUGCUGGUGAAGGAGAGGGGCAGGGGGAUGCUGGUGAAGGAGAGGGGCAGGGGGAUGCUGGUGAAGGAGAGGGGCAGGGGGAUGCUGGUGAAGGAGAGGGGCAGGGGGAUGCGGUGGUGGGCGACACAGGGCUUGAAGCGGACAGCAUUGCUGAAGCUCUCGCUGGACGCGUGGUAGGUGAAGGUGGGGCAGGGGACUCACGCGAUGGUGCGGGAUCUCGAGUCGUUGGAGGGAGGAAGGGCAGGAAGAAGGGGAAGAAGGGCAAGAAGAAGGUUAAGGGGAAAAAGCCCUCUCCUGCUGUGGCUGCUGCUGUCGCCGAUGCCAGUGCUGGCGGUAUUGCUGGCGGUAGAGAUGAAACAGCUGGCGUGGGCGCAGAGGGGAAUUUUGUAGAGCUUGUGGUGGAGGAUGAUGACGACGUGCAGGAGGUGCAGGUGAACAGGGAGCUGGAGGAGAGGAACGACCAGCUGGAAGUAGGUCCCAUGCUCCCUCGCACCACUGCACCUCCAUGCAUGCUGCAUGCCACUACUCUUAGCUCUCACCCUUGUUUCUCCAUGCGUGAUCCAUGUUCCUGCAACGCUCCUUGUUUGCUCCCAUCGGCUGCCAUCACUGCCACUGCUGCAGUCGUUGGGUGUGCUAUCAGCGUGCAGUUGGAGGAGGUGGACUGCGUGAUCGAGGAAGUCAACGCGCGCUCACUGCGCCACGCCCAAGAUGGAGAGUUACCAGGGGGCGAUGGAGAGAGUGAUGAUGAGGAGGCGGAUGGGGAGGAGGAGGAUGAGGAGGAGGACGGGGAGGAGGAGGAGGAGGAUGGAGAGGGGGAGAAGGAGGGGGUCAAGAAGGAAGGGGGUGAGGAGGAGAUGAGUGAAGAGGGAAGUAAGGAGCGGGGUAGGAGCAGCAGGAAAGAGGGAGCAGGUGAGGAUCAACAAACGCGGGAUUCAGAGGAGAAUAAGGCGAGCGAGGAGGCAAAUGAGGCAGGCGCGGAGCGAGAGGCAGACGAGGAGGAAGCAGAAGGCGGAGGAGGCAUGGCGAGUGCGUGGAGGUGCUUGUGUAAGACGUUCCCUGGGCUUGCUGCAGCGCUGGACUGGCUGCAUGAUGAUGCUGGCAGUGAGCUGAGCCUGGUGAAGCAGUGGGAUGAGUAUCUCGACAUAGGCAGCUGGGUGCUCUCCCACAAGCCCUCAGGGUUUGAGAUGGUGUUUGGGCCGGCCCCUGAUGCAGUCAACGAAGUGGGCCUGCCUCCCGCCUCUCCCUCCCCCAUGGACCACCAGCACCCGCCCCCUCCUGCCGCUGCUGCUGCUGGCAGUGGUGGUGGCGAUGGUGAUGGUGAGGGAGCGGAGGAGCGGAAGGGGUUUGUGAUGCGGGUGAUGACCCUGGGGCGGCUGGAGGAGAGCAGGGCACCCAAGUGGAUGAGGGAUGCGGUGGCGGAGGAUGAGGAUGAGUACUGCAUGUGCUGUGAGAGCAAGCUCAUCCAUGACCUCAGGGCCCUGCGCAAGAUCCUCCUGCACUGA